AUGUUCGUCACUGUGUACCUGCUUUCUGCUACCGCAGUUGCAACCUCGCGUCAGCUACAAGGAACUUCGCCUGUUGCUCCUAUUACAACAUCUACUACUGUUUCGACUGUACCACCUGUUGAUGCUGCUACCUUGCAGAACACCUGCGACGUCUACUGCCAGGGACUUAACGGAGGUGAUUCUUACUGUAAACUGGAUUUGAGCCCACCCACUUGCCAAGGGGGUGAUCAGCCUUGUGGCACUAUUGCUAUCUGCGGCCCUUCUGUAACGGUGAUACCGACUGAUGCGGUCCCCACUGGUGAUGGAACGUACGAGCCAGCGUGUGACACUAUGUGUCAGAGUCUCAACGAUGAGGCUUCGUACUGCAAGUGGUGGCUCCCUCGCCCUACUUGUCUCGGUGGUGAUCAGCCGUGUGGGGAUCAAACUGUGUGCACCUCGCAGACGUGGCCUCCUGCCCCGACGCCGACACUUCCUUUCGAGGCCCACCCUUACGAGUCCGUCCCUUGCAAUUCCUACUGUGUUGGUCUCAACGGACCAUCUUCCUUCUGCAAGUGGUGGAAGA